UUUGUACGGCUGUGGUUGUUUUCUUCGGUGUUUUUUCUUUCCUCGUCGUCUGCUUGGGACUACGGCGUCUCCUUCACUUUCUUCAAAGAAAAGAAAAAGCAACGCAGCUUCAACAUCCUGUGACUUUCACAGGUGUUUCUCCGGCGGCGGAAACAUUGGUUUCAUCCUCGUCCCGGUCCUUGUGGAAGUACCAUGUGUUCCUCAGCUUCAGGGGAACAGAUGUACGCAAAGGAUUCCUCAGCCAUCUCUACAAAGCUCUCACCGACAAGGGGAUCCACACUUUCCGUGACGAUACAGAACUCCAGCGUGGGAAUUUCAUCAGCCCGGCGCUCUUGGAAGCGAUUGAGCAGUCAAGAUUUGCAGUCGUUGUGCUCUCCGAGAAAUACGCGACUUCUCGCUGGUGUUUGCAAGAGCUUGUGCACAUCACAGAUUACGUCGAGAAGAAACGCCUCGAACUCAUCCCCGUUUUCUUCGGUGUUGACCCUUCACAUGUGAAGAAACAAUCUGGGAAUUUCGCCAAGGCCUUUGCUGAACACGACAAGAGACCUGAAACAAACACAGUGAAAACAUGGAGAAAUGCCAUGGCCAAAGUAGGAUUGAUCUCUGGCUGGGAUUCCAGGAACUGGUGAGCAAGCUAAUUUAGAGUCCUUCUAGUGAACUUUACAUACAAAUUUCAUUGUUUGAGAACUGAACUGUGAGGGUCUGUUUAUCUUGAUUAAUGAACGAGGAGUCGAAGCUUAUCGAGGAGCUUGUUCAAGAUCUUUCAGACAGAUUGUUCUCACCAAUGUCUUCCAAUGAUGCUACUGGUGAAUUGAUAGGAAUGAGUACACACAUGAGAAGUAUAUAUCCGUUGAUGAGCGUAGACCCUAAUGAUGUCCGAAUGAUCGGAAUUUGGGGAAUGGGUGGUAUAGGCAAAACCACCAUCGCAAAAUAUGUCUACAAAGUCUUCUUGAGCGAGUUCGAUGGUGCUUCCUUGUUAGAGAAUGUGAAAAGAGACUUUAAACGAUAUGGUCCAUCGCAUUUACGUGAGAAAAUCUUGUCAGAAAUCUUCCGCAAGAAGGAUCGGACAUGAAUACAUGGAAUAGAGAUUCUGAUGUGAUGAAGGAACGAUUAUGUGUCAAAAAGAUUCUUCUUGUUCUUGAUGAUGUUGACGAUAUACAACAGCUAAAAGAACUGGCUGGAAGUCCUGAGUGGUUUGGACCAGGAAGCAGAAUCAUUAUCACCACUCGAGACAGGCGUGUUCUAGACCUGCAUGACGUGGAACGUCGUACCUAUGAAGUGAUGCCUUUGAGGAGCACCCAAGCACUUCAGCUCUUUAGUGGGCAUGCUUUCAAGCAACCUCGUCCAUGUGAAGAUUAUAGAGAGCUUUCAAUAGAUGUUGUGAAGCAGCUUGGUGGUCUUCCAUUAGCACUUCAACUCGUAGGAGGAUCUCUAUAUCGCCGGGAGCUGGAAUUCUGGGAAGACAAACUGGAUUUGCUGAGAAAGAAUAGCGAUAACUCACUGUUGAAGGCGUUAAGAGCAAGUUAUGAGGCAUUGGAUGACCUAGAAAAGAAGAUCUUUCUUUACAUUGCGCUCUGUUUCAACGGAGUGAAUAUGGACAGAGUUAGAAAAGUAUUAGACCUGUUUUUCGUGUCUUCCAGGCGCAGAGCGUUGCCCACCAGACCGAGUAUUACAGCUCUGAUGGAGAAGUGUAUGAUUAGCCGGUCAAACACAAAUCGACUAUGGGUCCAUGACUUGCUCCAGGACAUGGCUGUGGAUAUCAUAUGUGAAGGCAGAGAUAAAAGGCCAUGGAAACGUUUAAUGCUGUGGGAUUUUGAAGAUAUCAAUCACGUUUUCUCCACCAACGCGGGAGAUGAAGCAAUUGAGGUGGAAAGAAUAUUUCUGGACAUGUCUAAUGGAAAUGAGCUCAACAUAACCCCUGAAAUCUUUAGGAGGAUGCCAAAUCUCAAACUACUUAAAUUUUAUACCAAUUCCAGCAUUGGACAGAGCAGAACAAGGAUGUUAGAUGGCCUAGACUACCUCCCUACGCUGCGGUAUCUUCGGUGGGAUGCUUAUAAUCUUAAAUCAUUGCCAUCUCAGUUUUGUAUGACUUCUCUAGUUGAACUCAACCUCUCACACAGCUCGAUAGAAACAGUCUGGAGUGGAACUCAGGAACUUGCAAACUUACGGAGCCUAAACCUCACAAGCUGCAGAAACCUUACCGAGUUUCCAGACUUUUCGAAGGCGACUAAUCUUGAGAGUCUGAAACUCUCCAAUUGUGAUAACUUGGUUGAAAUCCCCGAGUCCUCUCUUAGACAACUCAACAACCUCGUCCACCUAAAACUGAGCAACUGCAAGAAACUAAGGAGCCUCCCAAACAACAUCAACUUAAAAUCCCUCAGGUUUCUUCGUCUGAACGGAUGCUCUAGCCUGGAAGAGUUUCCAUAUAUCUCAGAGACUGUCGAGAAGUUGCUUCUGAACGAGACAACUAUUCAACAAAUCGAACGUCUUUCUCGUCUCAGAGAGCUACAUCUCUCCGGCUGCAAGAGACUGAUGAAUCUCCCAGACAGCAUGAAGAACCUGAAGUCGCUCACUGAUCUCAGCCUUGCAAACUGUCCUAACGUAACAACAUUCCCAGAAGUCGGAACAAACAUACAAUGGUUGAAUCUGAACAGAACAGCAAUAGAAGCAGUGCCUUCAACAGUAGGUGAAAAGUCAGAGCUUUUUCAUCUCAAUAUGUCUGGCUGUGACAGGCUCAUGAACCUUCCUCCAACGCUAAAAAAACUGGCACAACUUAAGUACUUGUAUCUUCGUGGUUGCAUUAAUGUCACUACGUCUCCUGAGCUCGCCGGUACCAACACAAUGAAAGCAUUGGACUUACAUGGAACAUCAAUAACAAAUCAAUUGGUUGACUCCACUAGUGAUGAGCCUCCUCGGUGUGAAGUACCUGUUAUUAGACGGUUCUUUAUGAAACAAAUUCGAGAACACAUAAAGAAGCGUAAAUCCAACAGAUGAUUAUGAUCAAAACAGAGUCCUUUUGGCUUAGAUAACGUGAUCAACCAAAUGACUCUAGUAUUCUAAAGAACUGCCACAUAAAGCUUCGUCUUGGCCAUGUAGACUUUAUCGUAUGUAUUAAAUUAAUCAUAUAUU